AUUGUUUCUCUGAUGAAGAGGUUGUAACAUGAGGUUUAAGUACAGAGACUUUCACCCGGCACCUGAUGUUUGCAGACUUCCACAGCAUUUUUGGCUUGACUGUGAUUUCCCAGGUUCCUGCAAACGGUGCAGCAGAAAACUACAGCUGCGGAGCUAAAAUGGAAUAAAUGUCAGCCUCCAGGGAAAGCACCAUCCUGUGGGAAAGGAGACCACAAAAGGACAGCACAGGGGCAGGUUUCAGACCUGAGGAAGCAGAUCCAGCGGACGGCAGCACCCUGAGCUCACAGCCAGUGGGCAGAGCCAGCCAGUCACCUCCCUGCAGCCGCAGGUCUGUGCAGAAAGCUGCCAGAGCCGCGGCAUCAGAGGCAGCUCCCACUGAUGCCGGCAGAGACCAGCAAGAUUCAAGCUGCCACUCCACUGAGUUGGGACCAGGUGUGACUCAGAGCAAAAGAGCAAAAGCCUGAAAGGACAUUUGGGGGGGCUUUUGCCUGCAUUGUCUGGUGGACUGGAAAGAUGAUGGAGAGCACAGGAGGGCCGUAUCUAAACACGGCUGCAGUGACCUCCCCUGUUGGAAUAGCUCGAUUGCUGCAGAUGACCUUUGGAUGCACCACGUUCAGCCUGGUCGCCCACCAAGGCGGGUUCAGCGCUGCCUACGGCACCUUCUGCAUGUUCGUCUGGACCUUCUGCUUUGCGAUCACUGUGUUCAUCAUCACCUGUGAGUUCACACACCUGCACAGCUGCCUGAGUCUUUCCUGGGGAAACUUCACUGCUGCUUUUGCCAUGCUUGCCACGCUCAUGUCCGUCACGGCCGCGGUGAUCUACCCGCUCUACUUCGUCCAGGUGGGCUGUUACCCCAUCGGCUGCGAGGUGAGAGACUUCCGCAUCGCAGCCAGCGUCUUCGCGGGCCUCCUGUUUGUCGCGUACGCUGCCGAGGUGUUCUUGACCAGGGCAAAACCGGGACAAGUCACCAGCUACAUGGCCACUAUCUCCGGGCUCCUGAAAAUCGUUCAGGCCUUUGUGGCCUGCAUCAUCUUUGGGGCGCUGGUGAACGACAGCCAGUAUGGCAAACACGUGGCAACGCAAUGGUGUGUGGCUGUCUACAGCUUUUGCUUUGUGGUGACAGUGGUGGUAGUGGCCUUCAGUGUCACAGGUAAGACUGCCUUGCUGUGGUUCCCCUUUGAGCGCUCUGUGGUCAUCUACACCUUUGGGGCCGUGCUGCUCUAUGUGAGCGCUGCAGUCAUCUGGCCAGUGUUUUGCUUUGACAGCAAGUACGGCUCGCCACAACGCCCCAGCCUCUGUGCCAAGGGCAAGUGCCCCUGGGACAGCCAGCUGGUGAUCGCCAUCUUCACCUACGUUAACCUGCUGCUCUACGUCCUAGACCUGGCAUAUUCCCAGCGCAUCCGCUUUGUCUCACACCUCUGAAAUGGGUCAGAGCCGUCCCGGCACUGUGGAGCCGCUGUGGUUGCAGAGGGAUGGGCCAUGAAGUAGAGAGGCACCGGGCAAAACCAUCAGCCAAACUUCGAGGUGAAGACCGACUGCAUUAACAAAUUAAUGACCUGGAGUGGGUGGGCUGCAGCUGAUACCAGGCACAGUACACCUCCCCCAUGCUUCUGCCCAACCUGCCUGGUGCCAGCACGAAGGAAUGACACAGCUCCAUGUGCAUCUGCAGACAGCAGGAAUGCUUGCAGCCAGGGCUGCAGGCUACCAGAUUACUGAUCCAAAUAUUAGGAAAGACGCCAAGGAUUUUGAAACUGCUACCAACACUUAACAGGAACAAACUGACUACCCAGGAACUCAGAAAGUUAAAAGCUGCAUCAAGGAACACCAGUCCUGGAGAUGAAAACCAAUCCCUCAGAGUUUGGGUUAGUUUGGGCAGUGUGGUGAGACAUGGAACGCCUGCAAGUGUGGGCAGUUCCAGCUGGGCCAUUUCUGAGAAGAACAUCAUAGCUGUAAUAGUAUUUUGAAGGUUACCAGUCCUUUCCCUUCCUCUCCUUCGCUGUCUAGCACAGAAAAGGAGUAAAGUCAAGCACGUACCUUGGAGGAGGCUGGGUAUUAUUUAGCAAACGCUAAGUCACUACAGAAAUGAAAAUUUGCAAAGCUGGGUCUCUGCUGCUGAGAAUCAAGGUGCAGAGCAGAGCCAACCUGCAAAGUGACUGUGUGUGACCUGCUGUCCUUGCUCGAGCAGCACAGAAGGUACCUCAGCACAAGCUCUGUAUUGGUUUGUGGGUCGCUGUUUCUUUAUACUGAUGUCAAGAUUUUUUUGUCUGGAAGCUUAAGGAUAAAUUCUGGGGAGAUAGGAAAAGGAAGGCAGAGAUUAAUUGAACUCACAGUGCUGCACAAGAGACCAAAAUGGGUGGGGAGGGGGCAUGGACAGGACGGGACAUGACAGAAUUUGCACACGCUGGUAACAGACUGGGAGCACUGCCCCAGAGCAGCUCAGGUGCAGGAUUCCUGAGCCCUCUGCAUUACUGAGGAGCCACAUGUCUUGGACCCAUCCCUGAUAAAAUACCCACUUUUAAGUCCCACACUGCUCAGCUCAGAUUUCAGGCUCAAUAGGAAUCUUCAUUUGUUCCAGGGAGAAGCCAGAAUGUCCGAGUGCUUGUGCAGCACAUGCAGACUCAGUGCUUUGAUUAAAAUCUCCAGUAGCUGCCUGCGAGAAGCAAGAUUUAUUUUUUAACCAAAUUAAAAUAAAGCUGAAUGGCAGAUGUACACAUACAUCUCCUGAGAUCUGUAUGCUGUCACCCUGCUCUCCACACUUCCAUUGCAGCAGAUACAGCCCCUCUGCUUUGUGCCCAAAAGCAGAGCUCAGUUUAUUUUGAUGUAUGAAGGCUGAACACAGAGUCAAAAAAGUACAGACACGGGACAGCUGAGACCUCUGAGAGGAUUCUUUGCAGCAGAGUCACUCAGGAAAAAGGAAGGAAACUUACCUUUCAUCAGUGCUUUGUGCAGGGUUUGAAAAGCAAAGAGAAAACUUGUUGGGACAGAUUGUGUUGGAUAAUUCUGUACUGAGCAAGGACCAGCCCUUAGCAGCGGGGAGCAUUAGCCAGGAAACGGGGCAAGAAUUGGGAUCCAGCAAAAAGGGAAUGCAUGGAAGAGCCUUCCAAGGGGGUUUUCUCUUCUGCAAGUCCCAAUGAAGGGCAGGCAAUCGGGAAGAUGUGGUCCAACAAGAGGCUGCUAAGGCAAGACCCAAGACUUUCUGCUAUAGAUAUAAAUCAGGAGCUUUAUUUCUUGCCACCCAAAAGACUUACGGGUUGUACAAGUACAAAAUGCUGAUUUGGGAAAGGAAAUCCGCUUGUGUUGGAGGUGGCAGUUUACAAACAGCCACUGCACACUAAGGGACCUCAAGCAUUUAUGAUGUAUUCCUGUUUAAAACCAUCAAUGUGAACAAAUUAAGCUGUGUCACACUUGAAAAUUACUUGUUUUUUGUUAUUACAGAGCACUAAAAACCAAACAGGUGCCUGUGAAGCACCAUGGCUUCUGUUAUAAAAUUCAACCCUGCAAGUCCAGGCAGGUUGCUUGAGGAAAGCCCUGUCCUGCAGGCCCUGGUGUGGCUCUGGGAGGCUGGGAGGGCAGGGAGAGGGUCACCAGCCACAAGUGCCUGCAGGCUGGGGGUGCUUGGCCCCAGAUGUGACAUUGCCAGUCGCUCGGGCAAUGGCAGCUGUCGGAAGCCUCCUCGGCUGGUAGCUGUGGUUCAGCCAGGCACUGCUGGCUUCUUGCUGGGAAGAUUUUGCACCAAAUAGGAGCAGGAGCAGCAACGUGAUAAAAUCUGGCAAUGACAUGGAGUUGAUGUAACUUACACUGAGCCAGGGACAAAGAAAGGCCAGAGAGAAACAGGUACAUGAGAAACAAUGGGGGUAAAAUUGAGUGCCUUCACAAUGAGGAGAAAAGAAAAUUUAACAUGGAAAUCAUGAUCCCACUGACUGGAGGAGUGAAAGACAAGUCAUUGCCAAGAACAGCGUGUUCAGAUUUAGCUUUCUCAUCUGCCAGCCAAAGACUAAGCAAAAAAUGUGAGCAUGGUCAAAAUGGCAAAAAAAGAUUGUGUGGACAACAAUCCUUUAUUUUAGGAGAAAAAAAUAAUAAAAAAAAUCAAAACCUCA